CCAUGGUUUUGGGUUCCAUCUCUCAGCUAUAUAGCCUCUUUCAUCUCUUCUAUGUUCUUUGCAUGGUUUAUUUAUUAGAGGGUGACUUUAAGUAACGAUGUAGCGUGAAUCCCGGCACCUAUUCAUAAUGGGAUUUUAGAAUUUUACCUUUUGGAUGCCAGUUCGGACUCCCCCCUGCGUAUUUUAUGCUGAUGAGAUUCAUUAUCCUUUGGCAGUCGAAAGCAGUUAGUGUGGUCAUCAAUUUCAUCGACCUGCCAACAGUUUAUGACAAUGUGAAACAGGCGACGGCCUUUGGCAUGAGGAGUGUUGUUUAUGUGCCGAGGAUUAGUGUAGAUACAGUGACAACAUUAUCUGCAUUCUUUGAGAAGGCCAGCAUGGGUUGUCUUGUUGCGCUGAUGCUCUCUGUUGGUUCUGUACUUCUUCAACACGUAGCUAUUUCAGCCUCGUUCCACUGCAAAAAUGUAGAGAUUGUUGAAUCAGUACCUAAUGCAUCAGUAAAUUGAAAUGAGGAG